GUACCCGGGGGUUCCCUGCAUGAAGGAACCGCCCGAGAUCCGCCUUGAACCACGCGGUCAGUCUCUGCCGAUCGGUCCGGGACGGCUCCGAGUCCGGCGACUUCGGCGAUCAAAAGGGUCCAACUCCCGCACCCAAAAACACGUUUAAUGCACCGCCGCGCUCCGGGGCGGGGACGGGACGGAAUGUUGCACGUCCGGUGUAAAACGUGGAGGCGGGAAGGGGAUGAGGGGCGCGGCCAUGGAAAUCUGAACCCGGAGCGCGCCGCGCGCUGCCGCACGACCGAGCCGGGCCAUUAUCGGGGUCGGAGCGGGAGCGGCACCGGCGGAGCGGGAUCUCAGCUCCACCAUCCAGCAGCUCCACACGAUGACAACAGAAGUGCAACAACCAAAUUCCCCAGAGCAUGAAUCAGAGCUGCUCUGCGCAGGAGAAGAAAAGCAACAGUUCAAACAAGGCUGCGAAUGGAACGUUGGCAUAGGGAAAAUCACCAUUUUGGCCUCUGUGGGUGGAGUGCUGCUUGGUGUCAUCAUCACGCUGCUGUUUGGGAGAGAGCUCCAGCGCUGUGAGCUGUGCUCACCGUGCCCAGAAGUUUCCCAUGUGAGUCACAACGCCUGGGUCGGUUUCCAAGGGAAAUGCUAUUAUUUCUCGGACACAGAGAGUGCGUGGAACAGCAGCAGGGAGCACUGCCAGCAGCUCGGAGCUUCCCUGACCACCAUAGACAGCAAAGAGGAGAUGGAAUUCAUGCUGUGGUUCCGGGGCCCGGCCAACUGUUGGAUUGGGCUGCACAGGGCAGAAGGGGACGAGCGCUGGAUGUGGGUCAAUGGCGGCGCCUUCAGCAACUGGUUCCAGGUGCGAGGCGGAGGCCGAUGUGCGUAUCUGAAUGGGGACAGGAUCAGCUCAGCCCUCUGCCAUCUACCAAAAUAUUGGGUCUGCAGCAGAAGCAACAGCACCUUCUUCUGUAAGGAUGGGACGUGGCCACAGUGAUGCAUCCCAUCCCCGUCAGCUCGGGCAGUGCCACGACAUUGGGGAAACCUUCCACGUUGUGCUGGGUGUGAUAGGUAAGGGUACAGUUAGUCAAAUCAAAACUCAAUGGUGCUUCCUCAGGUGUUGGGGAAUGUAAAAUGUCAUAAAAUGCAAGUGGUGUCGUAAAGGACUGAAACUAAGAACUGCAGGAAUUGCAAACUACACAUUGCCCGGGCACAUCACCUGCUGGAAAAUAACCAAAGAAAAACGGACAAGACGACUGACUUUCACCCCUACAACCAUCAGGAGGCAGGAAAACAAAUCCCCUGCAAACCUAUGACCCCUGCAACAACAAUAAUGACUGCAUAUUUAAAAGAGAUUUUAUUUUUUUAUAUAUAUAAUAUAUAUAAAUACAGAACUCCCCUUGGGCGCCCAGCGCUGUUCUGCUCA